AUGAUUCAGCCCAAAAUCAAGCUCACGUACUUCGACGGCAAGGGCUACGCCGAGCUCGCGCGCAUGCUCUUCAAUUAUGGCAACGUGGCGUUUAUGGACGAGAGGAUCUCGCUCGAGGACUACGAGGCAAUGAAGCCCAAACUCCCGUUCGUCCAGGUGCCAAUCCUAGAGGUUGAUGGCACCGUUUACUCUCAGAGCAUGGCAAUGGCCCGCUACGCCGCUAAGCUUGCUGGCCUCUACCCGGGUGACGCGGUGACGGCCCUCAAGGUCGACAUGUUCUCCUCUUCGCUGUGCGACCUGGACGCUCCGUUCAUGGACUUCAUGUGGAAGACGGAGGACGAGACUGAGAAGGCCGAGAAGAAGAAGGUGUUCAUCGAGGAGACGGUGCCGACGUUUCUCACCACCUUUGAGAAGCUAGUGGCUGGCAAGUUCGUCCUCGGCGACACGAUCUCGUACGCCGACCUGCAGCUAUCUGUCUUCCCGGACUUUAGCGUGGACGGAUACCCCAAGCUCGCAGCGACGGUGAGCAACGUCAAGACGGAGCCCACGAUCGCCGCCUACCUGAGCCUGGCAGAGCAGUCGGCGCAGGGCCUCCGAAAAUAGCAUUGUCAAUAACAUUAUUUCAGAAAAUAACAAUAAAUUACGCAUUUCGGCGGGUUC